CGACGUUUACGUUGUCCUUAAGCAUAUAGUGUGCAAUUUUUUUAAGUCAAACAAAACUAAUUUUUUUAUCUCUUAUGUAAGACAAUAUAUUAACGGGAAUAUCAGCUCAAAUACCAUUGAUUCAAGUGCCGCUGGAGUCGAAAAAGGAUAAAGUCAACAUGGCAAAAUGGGUAAGAAGCAGGAAUGCAGUAAACAUGCACCUGGAAGAACUAUCUUCAAGAAUAGUGGCUGAUUCUGGUAUACCAACUGAUAGAUAUCAUUUAGGAAAACUGAUAUUGCAGAGCCUUAAAGAUGCUCCCGAUUAUCUGUCACAGAUUGACGGGGCCUCUGGAGAGACUGAAAAUUUCGAAUCGGUUCUGACACGAUCUGUUCGAUGUGCUACAGCAUUAAAGAAUUUAGGGCUAAAACAGGGAGAUGUGGUGGUUUUGAUGGCACCAAACCACAUUCAUCUAUGUAUACCGAUUUACGCUGCAUUGUACAUUGGAGCAAUUGUUGCAGGAAUUGACAUGAACUUAAAAAUCAAUGAACUUAAGGAUAGUUUCAAAAUAAACAAGCCGAGCGUAAUAUUUUGCCAGAGCGAAAAAGCUGCUGAUAUUAACUUGGCUUUAAGCAAUUUGAACAUCGAUCCUAAAAUAGUAACAUUUGACAAAGGGAACGAAUAUUUGAAUUUUCAUCAAUUUGUUGAUAAAUAUGCCGACGAUACUCCUGUCGAAGAAUUCAAAGCUACCAAUCUGGAUCCAAAUGAGGCGAUAGCUUUACUGAUCUCUACAAGCGGAACUACAGGCUUACCAAAAUCGGCUGCAGCUACACAUGCAAACUUUGCAAUUUCAGCUGCUAACAUGUGGGUCCUCUUUGAUACUUGUCCGUCCCCAACUCGCCUAUCCGUUAUAAUGUCACCCCUACAAUGGUACUCAGCUUUAUUCCAAUAUAUAUAUACGCCAAUAGUGAGGACAACGCGUCUCCAGUCCUCUUUACCAAUGACACAGGAACACGCAUACUACAUUAUAAAUAAAUAUAAGCCGACAUUUACAAUGUGCAGUCCGAAUAUGUGGGCUGAGCUCUUCAAGAAGGGAGAUCGUGACAAAUGCGAUUUAAGUUGUUUCGAUCUUAUUAUGGCCGCCGGCAGCGAUGUACCAUCCACACUCUUCGAUACUAUAAACUCGGUCGUCCCAGAGACAUGUUUCAUACCAGCGUAUGGUUUGAGCGAGAUAUCGGGAAUCGCAUUUGUUUACGACAGCACAAAUCCAAGGUCGGUCGGGAGACCGGCGAUCACUCAUGAAAUUCGGUUGGUGUCACCGGAAACAAAAUUAGAUGUUACGGAACCGAACGUUCCCGGAGAAUUAUUUAUAAAAGGACCAGCCGUUUUUAAAGGCUAUUACAACGAUGAAAAGUGUACAGAGGAGACCUUUACAGAUGAUGGUUGGUUCAAAACUGGUGAUAUAUUUAAGAGGGACGAGAAUUGGUAUUUCUACUUUGUGGAACGAAGAAAGAUGUUGCUGAUACAUAAAAAUUACCAGGUUUCCCCUUUGGAAAUAGAGAAUGUAAUUAUUCAACACCCAGCGGUAUACCAAGUUGCGGUAACCAGUGUUCCACAUCCUGAACAUGGAGAUCUGCCCGUGGCUUGCGUAGUUAAACAUAAGGACAGUACUGUAACUGCCCAGGAUAUUAAGGAUAUGGUCGAAGAAACAUUAUCGGAACAAAAGCAUUUGUCUGGAGGAGUGAUAUUUUUGGAUGCACUACCAAUGACCUCAACAUCCAAAGUAAAUAAGUCCAAACUUGCGGCUUUGGCUCGAGUUUCGGAAAGACUGUAGUUACAUGAGUAUUUCAAUAAAUGCACAAAAUAAAAUAUUAAA